GCGAAGUUAACGUAACCAGGCUUAGUGAAAGGAAGUGUAGUGAGCAAGAACAAGUUCCACGUUAGCGUUUUUGUUAUUUAGACGUUUAUUGGCACCGUUGAACUCAAAAUAUGACAUGUAACCGCGCUGCACAUACUUACCCCAGGUAGUCUUUAAUUCGCGUUGGAGACGGAACUUGGUUGAUGAUGUUAUCUAGCUAGCUGCUAACGUUCGCUAACAACAAUGGCUGACUGUAUGAUUUUUCACACUCAAAUUGCCUCCAUCAUGGAGAUGCUAGCGAAUACAGCCGUGGCAGAGAUCUGUAAACUCGUAGACGACGACUAUGCAGUGUUUCGUUUGGAAAUAACUCAAAGCCAGAAAGAAAACAGGGGAUUGCGGAGGAAACUACAACAAUUAGAAUUGAAGGUGGCACGGGAGCGCGCAGAGAGGACAAUACGAGAGCGCGUCCUCACCAGUCGUCCCAGUAGUGUCAAGAUCCUUGACCGAUGCAGAGGAAUGGCAAGAGGUGAAGGACCUCUCACUGGAGGCCACAGGAGCCUUGUGAAGCCAGCGGGACACAACACAUGGAGAGAUGACCAACCCAUCACUGUUGAUGAGGGGAGUGGAACCUCAACCCAGCACAUUAUUGUGAUAGAGUCUGCAGAUGCAGAGGCUGCAGGUCCUGGGGUCAAGCUGGAGAGGUCUGAAGGAGAAGUGGACCCACAGCACAGCAGAGACAUCCAGGCUGGAGCAAUGGCUGGAGAGGCACACCCUGUAGUCACUGAGGACCUCGCCACCGCUGCAGCGCCCCAGACCAGGACCGGACGCAGCAUCACGGAGGAGGAGGAGGGUCCAGAGGUGCUGCUGGUGAAGGAGGAGGGCUGUGAGGAGGGUCUGGGGAACCCAGAGGGGACCAUAGUCGUAGAGGACAACCAGACUACACCACCACCUGAACCCACAGAGGAACCAGCUGAGCAGCACAGGACCACACACAGUCUCACUAAGUCAGUAGACAUGGAGGAUGGGAAGCCUGAUCUGCUGCUGGUCAAAGAGGAGACAAUAGAAGACGGACCAGAGAGCAUUGACUUGCUGAGUGGACUAAAGAUGGGGGAGCAAGGUGGUUGGCUGGAGGCUAACAGAGGAGACUGGGAAGCCAUCUUGGAUUCCCAGACCCAGACUGGUGCAGCCAAGGGCCCAGGGGACAACAUCACUGAGCAGGCCAGGACCAGAGGUGACAUAGUGGAGGUCAGUGGAUGGGACAGAGUCCUCAACUCUGGGCUGGGGAACAACAUUGUUAACCACAACCAGAAACAGACAGUCGAACACAAAACAUCUGAAUUUAGUCUCCAUGACAACAGUCUGGCUGAGUCCAGGGCAAGGCGUAGAUUUGGUCUGCAGGGGCAGAGGGGUGACCGUAUGCGGCUAGAGAGAACAGACACCGACUCGGCUAGCGAUGCUCCGUCCUGCUCCUAUAGUUCUUAUUCAGAGAGACUGAUGACGCCUCAGGUUAACACCCUAACAGGUGCUGCCUUCAGCCUGCCUUCUGUAGGAUCUAUCAACUGGAACAUGGACCCUGUGACAACACAGACACUUCCUGGCCUUCAUCCUCCUCACACUCCUCUAAUGUUAAACCAGACCUCAGACAAUGCCAGUGCCUCAACACUAAAUGGCUACACAAGCCCAUUGACACGUGACAGUAGUAGAGACGGAAUCAGUAAAGGUGGCAUCGCCAAAGAGAAGCGCUUCAUGUGUUCGUUCUGUGGGAAAGCCUUCAGUUUCCCCAAUCAGGUGAAGAUCCACCAGAGGAUGCACACGGGGGAGAAACCAUUCAGCUGCCACUUGUGCCGGGACAGCUUCUCCCAUUUGUCUAGCCUGAAGAGGCACCAGAGAGUCCACACAGGGGAGAAACCAUACCCGUGCCCGCAGUGUCAGAAACGGUUCUCCCACCAGCACCGCUUGAAGAUACACUUGAAGAUCCACACGGGAGAGGGGCCGUUUGCCUGUACACACUGCGGGAAGAGGUUCUCAGAGAGGAGCUACCUCAGGAUACACCAGCAGAAAAUGCACACGGCCCAUGUAUAGAGUAUUGUAACAUGUAAUGUAGUACUAGCUAGUUUGUUUGUAGUUAAUUAUUUUGGUUGUGGAUUUAUAAGGAACUGGAUGAGGUGAACUGAGGAAAGAAUGAGUAUGAUGAGGCAGAGUAGAUGAUAUGGUGGUGGUUGGUGUGAUGGUGGUGUCUGUAAAAAUGCUUCACUGAUGAAAAGGGACAACCUUGUCCCUUUAGGUUGAUAUUGGUAUUUUAUAGUGAAAUAAUGAUAGUGCCUUAAUUCAUGUUUACUUGUCAUAAAGAUGUGUGAUGUGAUGUUGAACCUUUUCCAAUGUCUUCUAAAAUGUAUUUGAUCAAAGCGAGUCUACCAGAUUUAAGGAAAAGGUAAUGAAGUUAUUCUACUUGUCACGUAUCGUUUUGCAUAAAAUAAGUACUGUACUUUAUGUUUGAGUAUAUGCCCAUGUUGAAAUGAAAUACAAAAC